UAUUCAUUUAUAUGUAGAUCGAACACUCGCUUCGAACCACACCAACUCACUGCCUACUAGCUACUGUCCCUCACAGACACAGAAACAGAGUGAGGAUAGAAAGGGAGGGAGAUGGAGAGAAUGGUGAUGAGGCUGGCCAGGAGGAACAGGUCUCUCUUCCAAGCAGCAGGAGGAGGAGGAGGCAUUAGGGUCAUCUCCGGCGCCUUCUCCACCCAGCAGCAGCUGGUGGACGACCCGCCCGCGACGCUCAACAUCAGGGACACUGCCGCCCGUUUGAUUGGCCGGACGCCGCUGGUGUACCUGAACAAGGUGACGGAGGGCUGCGGCGCCCGGAUCGCCGCCAAGCUCGAGUUCCUCCAGCCCUCCUUCAGCGUCAAGGACAGGCCUGCAAUUUCAAUGAUUGAAGAUGCGGAAAAGAAGGGGUUGAUAACUCCAGGCAAGACAACGCUGAUCGAGCCGACAUCUGGGAACAUGGGCAUUGGCCUGGCCUUCAUGGCUGCACUCAAAGGGUACGAGUUGGUACUGACAAUGCCAUCCUACACCAGCCUUGAGAGGAGGGUGGUCAUGAAGGCCUUCGGCGCACAGCUCGUGCUCACCGACCCGGCCAAAGGGAUGGGAGGGACAGUGAGGAAGGCGACCCAACUCUAUGAGGACCACCCCAGCGCCUUCAUGCUCCAGCAGUUUGAGAAUCCUGCCAAUGUCAAGGUACACUAUGAGACAACGGGUCCAGAGAUAUGGGAGGACACGCUCGGGCAGGUCGACAUCUUUGUCAUGGGGAUCGGGAGCGGCGGUACUGUCACUGGUGUCGGCAAGUACCUCAAAGAGAAAAACCCCAACGCAAAGAUAUACGGAGUUGAACCAGCGGAAGCAAAUGUUCUGAAUGGUGGCAAGCCAGGGCCUCACCUCAUCACUGGAAAUGGAGUUGGAUUUAAGCCAGAUAUUUUGGACAUGGAUAUAAUGGAUAAGGUUCUUGAGGUGAAAGGUGAGGAUGCUGUUAAGAUGGCUCAACAGCUGGCAUUGAAAGAAGGUCUUCUGGUAGGGAUCUCAUCAGGAGCAAACACGGUUGCGGCCAUUGAACUCGCCAAAAGGCCAGAAAACAAAGGGAAGCUCAUUGUGACCGUUCAUCCGAGCGCAGGGGAGCGAUACUUGUCGUCAGCCCUGUUCGAGAGUCUGAGGAAAGAAGCCGAGGCCAUGCAGCCAGUGCCAGUGGACUAAGUUGCAACUUAGAAUGAAUGCAGACAGAAUAAAAUUCACUGGCUUAUCAUGUUGCAAGCUGCACCUCAUUUGCAGCCUUCAGUUUGUGCCUCGUGUGGACCUUGUAUAAACAACAAUUAAAAUGGUUGAAAAGGUUUUUAUUUUACCUUAUGGCUUCUCCCAUCA